AUGAUGGAUGCGCAAUAUUUCGUUUCGCUCGCGUCUACGACUAUUUUCGUCUUGGGAACAACAUUGAACCUCAUCUUCAUUUAUAUGAUAAGAAAUGGAACACGAAAUGCUGUUGGUCAAGUCUACAAACAUAUUCUGACUUCUUUUGCAGUGUGCAACAUCGCCUUCGCCUCAGCGGAAUUCAUUGCAAAGCCUGGUAUUCACAUAUACGGUACCUCACUGAUGACCUUCAGCCACGGCUAUUUCCAGCAGGUGAAGCCGUGGGGUUUCCUUUCACUUUGUGUCUUCAUAGGAAUGUAUGGAAAUAAUACCGCCCUUCUGUCUCUCCAUUUCAUCUACAGAUAUAUUGUCGUUUGCAGAGCAUCAGGAGUGAACAGGACAAGGAUUAGACAAGGUUUCUCUCAGGAAACCUCCGUAAUAAUCAAUUUCAGGCAGCAACUUACGAGUAUAUUUCACAACACAGUUUCCGUUGUGUUUGUGAUCUUAUCCGUACUCUCUUGGGGUUGUGUGUAUGGCUUUAUUACUUUCUAUUGUUUUGCGGCCACCAACGACUACUACAAUUAUGCAAACCCAUCGGUUCGCGCAAAAUUCGGGAAGGACGCUCAUGAACUGUCCUUUUUCUGCAUCUUUACUCACGAAGUGAAGGACGAUAUAACAAUAAUCCAUUGGUCAUCCACUAUAGGUGUUGGGAUAAUAUUUGCUAUGAUGAUAUUCACAUUUGCCGUUAUGGUAAUUUGCGCAAUUAAAAUAUACCGAGCACUGAAGAGAUCUUCCAUGAGUCAAAAAUCGAGGAAGCUGCACACGCGACUGUUGAAGGCACUGAUUAUCCAGGCAAUAAUUCCAUUUUUUACUUCAUAUUUAUCACGUAUCGUGAUGUACACCAGUGUCAUCAUGGGACUUCAGCCGCUA